AUGGGAUUUUUAUUUUCGAAAUUAUGGGCACUUUUCGGUAACGAAGAACACAAGAUCAUCAUUGUUGGUCUUGACAACGCUGGUAAAACAACCAUUCUCUAUCAGUUUUUAAUGAAUGAAGUCGUUCAUACAUCUCCAACAAUCGGCUCCAAUGUUGAAGAAGUUGUUUUCAAAAAUAUUCAUUUUCUUAUGAUGGAUAUUGGAGGGCAAGAAUCAUUACGUUCAUCGUGGCAAACAUAUUAUGCUCACACGGAAUAUGUUAUCUUAGUCAUUGACAGCACUGAUCGUGAACGCUUGCCUUUAUCUAAAGAAGAAUUAUUCCAUAUGUUACAAAGUGAAGAAUUACGUUCCGCAUCUGUUCUUAUUCUUGCAAAUAAACAAGAUAUCAAAGAUGCAAUGACUUCAGCUGAAAUCUCGAAACAGUUGUGUUUAACUUCGAUUAAAGAUCAGGCAUGGCAUAUUCAAGCAUGUUGCGCUUUAACGGGUGAAGGUUUAUAUCAAGGUUUAGAUUGGAUUGCAUCGCGAAUAAAACGAUAG